AUGGCAACCGAAGUCGACACCAAGCAGCACGGCUCUUCAAAAGACAAAAAGUUCGAGCCCGAUGCACUUGACGACUGUCCCAAAAUCGAAGAAGGCAAACAUACCUCAGCAAACGGUGUACUUGAAGCCCUUGGCUACGAGCCUGAACUAGUACGAAACCGAUCUACCCUCCAGGUGGCUUUUAUGUCAUUUGUCCUUGCAGCAAUCCCAUAUGGCCUCGCAACAACAUUCGUCUAUCCGCUUGUCGGAGGAGGUCCGGUAAACAUCAUCUGGGGAUGGCUUGCAGUGUCUGUGGUUAUCCUCUGCGUGGCUGCUUCCCUUGGUGAAAUUACCUCCGUCUACCCAACUGCAGGGGGUGUUUACUACCAAACCUUCAUGCUAUCGCCGCCUUCAUACCGACGGAUUGCUUCCUGGAUCUGUGGGUGGUCAUAUGUUGUUGGCAACAUUACUAUCACCCUCGCAGUCAAUCUUGGAAGCACCCUUUUCCUCGUUUCAUGUAUUAAUGUUUUUGAGUCUUCACCUGGAGUGGGAAUUUUCGAGGCCGAAACUUACCAAGUUUUCCUUAUAUUCCUUGCUGUCACUUUUCUUUCUACCGCAGUAUCGGCUUUUGGGAAUAAGUGGCUGCCUUACCUUGACACUUUUGCGAUAUUUUGGACACUUGCUGGUGUACUGGCUAUUGUGAUAUGUGUUCUCGUAAUUGCUAAAGACGGUCGACACGAUGCCGAGUAUGUCUUCACCAACUUCGAGCCCCAGUCCGGAUGGCCAGCUGGCUGGUCUUUCUGUGUUGGACUUCUGCAAGCUGCUUACAGCACCUCAUCAACUGGCAUGAUUAUUUGUAUGUGCGAAGAAGUUCAACAUCCAUCAACACAAGUCCCGAAGGCGAUGGUCGGUACGGUCAUUUUGAACACCGUGGCCGGCUUCCUCUUCCUUGUUCCCUUAGUCUUUGUACUCCCGGAUACCACAAUGCUUGCCGCCCUCGCAUCCGGCCAGCCAAUGCCAACUAUCAUCAAGUCUGCUAUUGGAAAUGAAGUUGGGUCAUUCUUGCUUCUGCUUCCUCUGAUAGUUCUCGCCUUGCUCUGUGUGAUUGGCUGUACCACGGCUGUCUCGCGAAGUACUUGGGCCUUUGCUCGCGACGGGGGUAUCCCGGGCUCUAAAUGGUGGAAGCAGGUGAAUAAAGAUGGUGUCCCAUUCAACGCUAUGAUGCUUGGCACGGCUGUCCAGAUCUUGCUUGGUUUCAUUUAUUUCGGAUCAACUGCUGCAUUCAAUGCUUUCUCUGGCGUUGGAGUGAUUACUUUGACUGUCAGCUAUGCCUGCCCAAUUGCAGUGUCUCUUGCUGGGGGUCGAAAGCACAUCAAGAAUGGACAAUUCGAUCUUGGAACCCUUGGGCUGGUUUGUAACAUUGUGGCUCUGGCUUGGAGUAUCCUAGCUAUUCCCCUUUUCUGCAUGCCAACUUCAAUUCCUGUCUCCGCGGAGACAGUCAAUUAUGCACCAGUCGUUUUUGUGGCAUUCAUUUUAAUUGCUUCCGCCUGGUACUGGGUUUGGGGUUAUGAGAAGUAUGCCGGGCCGCCAUCAUUGGAUAGCGAACCUUGGCGAUAG